AUGGUGGGUUUGGGGAAGAGGCCAGGAGAGACAGCGCUUGACCUUGCAAUUCGAACUCAGAAUCGCUUCAUCGUUUAUAUGUUAAUGGAGGAAGGAAGAAUGAGAAGCAGAAGGAAUGACAGGUUACUGAGAAUGAUGGAGAAAUACGAGCUGUUCCUGCUGCUGGCAUCUUGCUUGACUAUGUGGGCCAUAGGAUACGUAAUGAACUUGAGUUCUGAUUCUUGGCUUUUGAAAGGAUGCCUGCUUCUCUUUCUGCUGGUUGGGAUGGCCCAGUUUGUGAGACCUCCUAGUGCCCGGAGGACUGAUCCUGGAUAUAUUAAGUCUUCAGAAAAAGACAAAAAAGAGAACAUUGCAGCUCUAGCAGAAGCAGGGUGCUUGGACUUCAGAACAUUCUGCACGUCAUGUCUUGUAAGGAAGCCUUUGAGAUCUGUGCACUGCGUUCCUUGUGAUUCAUGUGUAGCCAGAUAUGAUCAGCAUUCUCUGUGGAUUGCACAGUGCACAGGUGUUGGGAACCAUCAUUACUACCUGUUGUUCCUGCCUUCCUUAACUGUGACCAGUGUCUGGCUGCUUUAUCUUCUGUGUAUUGUGGUCUUAAAUUGGUCAAACCACUGCAUAACAAGUUACCAUGCAGAUGCAUGGACGUACUUCACGCAGAUAACUUCUUGUUCUCCAUGGCUGUCCUACAUCUUCAUGCUAGCCUGCCUCCAUACUGUAUGGGCUUCAUUGUGGCUAACUAUUCAGCUCUACCAGGGGUUAUUUUGCUUCAGUUCACAUUCCUCUCGUCAUGAGCUGCCACAUGAACAUGUUUCCCUAAGUGAUGUAGCAGUCCUUUCAACUUUCACAGUCCCUAAAUGUGGCAGGAGUUACUUAGUGGUUAGAUAUGGCCAACGUCUUCCCAAUCCCUCCCCAUUAAAGAUUAUCUUUUGGUAUUGCCAGUAUUUAAAUUUGUCAUGUUCGUAUUUCAGCCGUUACUCGUGUUUUUCUUUCUCUAAGACUGCAUUCUUGGGACUGACCUCACAUGAGAGAAUGAACCUCCUGAUGGAGAGCAAAUCUUCUAAGCAUCCUGUUUCACUCAGGAGAAAUCCAUACAAUCUUGGAUGCUUCCAGAAUCUUGCAGACUUCUUUCAGUGCAGAUGUUUUGGUAUGGUCAAACCCAGUGGAGUUGGCUGGACCCAGCAAUACAACGUUCACGUGAUAAAGAAGAAAAACGUUUGCUGUGUAUGAAUUCUUACUUGAUUUCUAAAGCUGCUGAGCUGUGUGAGAAAUAAAA